UACCUCGUGGCAUCGGCUACUUCGUCGUCCUGGAUUCGUGUCCUUUCUGAUUCGUCCCUUCAGCAGUGUUUUUGAUUUUUUGGUGUUUUGUUUAGUUUCCCGAGCAGUGUGCUUCCGGAACUGCAAACUGUGCGAUCAGCUAGUGGCAUACCCGGAUUUAUAUCAUCUAUUUGCACCGAUAACAGUUGCUCCCGACCAACCGUAAUAACUCUGCAACUCUGCUCAGCAAAGAGGUGAAACGCUAAACCUCGUGCCGUGUCGAGGAAACCGGAAACCGUGCCGUGCAACUCAGCAUACCGUGCAGUUUUUACGCCUAGUUACGAGUUUAGUGGAGGUAAACAGAAAGAUAAACGCAUCGACCUACCACCCAGUGUACAAUCAGAAGGCAACAUCAGAGUGAAAGGACAGAAGUCGUCAGCAGCACAACCAGCAGCAGUUCCGGACCAUCAACGGUGAAGGUGGUGGAGAAAGAAUAAAAGGGACAAAAUCCGACGAAAGAUACAUUUCCACCAUGGUGCAGGCUUUGGACGAGUACGACAUCCAGCCGGACCUCCCGCAGGCGUUGCGUUUGCUCGAUGAGAUGAAUAGUAACUUCAAACAGGUUUCCGAUCUGGUUGGCAAUAUGUUGCAGCGAGUGAAAACCGGUGAACUGUCCACUGAGUACGGGCUAAAUUUCCUAGAAAUCAAGUAUCACAUGUUGCUGAAUUAUCUCAUCAAUCUGACGUAUGUUGUGCUUAGGAAGUGUUCCGGCCAUCGCAUUGAGAAUGAUCCUUCGAUCGAUCGUUUGAUUGAAAUUCGAACAGUGCUCGAAAAAAUCCGGCCGAUCGACUACAAGCUUCGGUACCAGAUUGAUAAAUUGGUGAAAACAGCCGUUACCGGCAGCAGCAGCGGUGCAACCGAUCCAACCUCUUUCCGAGCGAACCCGGCAAACCUGAUGUCGCAGUUACCGGAACCCGGGGCGGCGACUGCAAAUGAUGGAGGGGCAGCUGGGGAUUCGGAUGGAGAUUCGGAUAGCUCGGCGAAGGUAAUGGAAAAACUGAAGCGCGCUAAGGAAGCAGCAAAAAAGACAGGUCUUGGCAGCGCUGUCACUGUGGACGUGGGUGAUCAGGCCGCCACGGCCGAGGAGGGUACCACUGGUGCCCGCCGUAGCAAGCACGACGUGUACGUGCCACCCAAACUGACAUCGAUGCCUUACGAGGAGGACACGAAAGCAGAGCGGGCUCGCAAGCAGCUCGAGCGAGCCAAGAAGCGCGCACUCGGAUCGUCCUUGAUACGUGAUCUGAAGGAUGAGUAUCUCGAUACACCAGUCGAGCUAUCGAGCAGUUCCCGUGCCCAGCAGAUACUGUCACGUCGCGAGCGGGAACGAGAGGAAUACGAAGAGUCAUAUCUGACACGUUUGCCGAUCACGAAAGCGGACAAGCAGCGCAGCAGAAAGCUCACGACGCUCGCAUCCCUUGGCGACGAAUUAACAAACUUUUCUGACUUGAGUGCGCUAAAAGGUGACUAUGCUUCGGCCUCUGCUAGUGGCGGUGGCAAAAAGCGUAAGGCAACGAAAGGUGGCAACAAGAAGCAUGGUAAGAAGCGUCGUUUUCGUUAGACCCGGGUUUGCAACAGCGUGAGCAUAUGGGAAACAAACGCGGGGACGGAGACGAAACAAUGGAAAGCUCCGACAACGAAAGCUACAUCGUGGCCGUUUGUUUUUCUUUCGCUCGGAUAUGUUUUUCUUUUCUUUUCCAAAAUGAUGGAGGCGCAUAAAAGGCACACGGUUGUUGGUUUAUCUUCACAUUGUUUACUUCUUCGUAGAUUAUGUUGUUUGUUUUUGUUCAUCAGUUCUUACAAUCAACUUCGAAGAGUUCACAUUAUCUUUUUUUAUUAAUUUGUCUUGAAUAUUGGUUGUCUUAAUGUUGAAUGUCACUGGGCAACUCAAGAAACAAUAAUAAAAAGACAAGGCAAUGAAUAAACAAUAGUACAUUCAAAUUAUAAUCAUUAUAUUAGAGAGUUUAUAAUUGUGGAGGAUUAGGAGUGAAGCGUUUUAUUAUAUAUUUGUAUGAAAAUAUUGCCUCGUUUUCAUUCAAAACUACACAAAACACGCUUCGAGAAACAGAUGAAAUUACAGACAUCAGGGGCCAGUACACCAACAUACCGUGCGAGAUGUCUGGAUACAGUAACAACACUGUAAACUCCUAUUGUUGGUCUAGUUUCAUAAAACGGGAUAAUUUGCGAUGAUGCAGCAAGGAUCAGAGAGAGGGAGAGAGAGAGAGAGGGAGGGAAGGGAAGAGUUUUUGUAUGCGUUAUUUUUUCCUUCGAUGGGCGUUCGACUAUGGCAAGACUCUAUACAAAUCAUAGGUAAUAUAAACAAAAAUAGACUAAUAGAAAAUAGAGCUGCGCAUAGCGGCUGUACAGCGUGUCGGUCAAACAAAUGGAAACACAACUGAUAAUAGAUAUAAUUCUACAAGACAGAUUUUUCGUUAUUUUGUAUUAUGAACACGGAACCAGUUUUUGUGAACCACUAGCAGCAGCAUGCAGCAGCGCAUACAGCAUCAGCGCAACGAUUGAAUUGUUACUAAGAAAAAAGAGCAAAUGAGUAUGAGACAGAGAAGCCAUGAACCGAAUGAGUGUGUGCGUGUUUGAAACGGAUUGUGACUAAGGAGAAGUAGCGUUUUUCAGGGAGGUACGAAGAGCAACGCGAUGAACGGAGAGCGAGCGAGCGAGAGUUACGAUAAGACGAUUUACCAUAUUGUUGCCUUUUUCUAUAGCAAAACUUAAGGAGAACUAUUGCGCGUAAGACAAGAGCAGCGGGCUCGAACGAGUAAAAUGAUGAUAAACCCAGAGAAUGAAUAUAGAAAACGUUUACUAUUGGCUGGUUUACAAGAGGCACAUAUACACCAUUUUUUAACGAGCUAAACCUACCUUCUAAAUAGUUAUCAAGUUAAUGCAAAGGGUUAAUUUUUGUUUGAUGUUUUUAACUCGGUCUAAGUUAAGCGCAAAGAAACAAUACAGCAACAGUGCAACUGAUACGUAACUGGAAAUACAGCACCCAAGUGCAGACAGAUUCACAAGCAUAAUCACAGAACCUCAAUAAACUUGGAUAAAUCGAACGCCCGGUUGAAGGAAACAAUGAACGAGCUAACGGUAGGGUAAACAAGUAAAUAAGACGCAGAGUAAAGUCCUUAAGUAUAGCCAAUGGCUCGAGACUAUACGCGGGAGUAACUUCAUUUGUGUUGUACACGUUGGGUAACAGAAGUAAUCCCAGAAACCCUUACCAAUCAAACGGAAACUACAUGAACACAGAAAAUCAGACGAAACGGUAGAGAAGAAGCAAACAGCAUGCUUAAAACAUGUUGACAUACUGCACAAGAGACUACAAAAGUAAUGGGAGCGUUAAGUGCGGUUCGGAUUUUAUGCAUUAAACUCUCCGCUAUAGAUAUUAUAAGAGAAUUUGAGUUUGUUCGUUCCGUUUAUUGGCCUAGUUUACAAUUUACAUUUUCGUUAAAUGCGCGGCAUUGCUUCUAGAUUGAUUUUUUGCGCUUGUUAGCGUUUCUAUUUUGCUUUGUGCUUUAUAUUUGUUUGGUUAUCGUAACCGGAAACUUCUUUUGUCAGUUAUGCUUGUUAGUUUAUAAGCUAUUCUUCCUUUAUAUUGUAACCAUUUAUA